AAAUACAGUAAAGACCCGAAACCAAAGGCUCUUUUAAGAGCCACCCACAUCUCCCAGAUAAGAGCUGAUCCAGAAUCGCGCGAUUCCAGAUCCUGGUCGGUUUAGAUGUCAGUACCAACUACUUUCAGAAAACCCGGGAUCCCCGGUGCCCCGCUGACAUUCGGCGAUACCGUCCCUUCCCUACUAUCUGAAAUAAAAUACAGUAUCGGAUGGUCGGACCGAGACUCAGUCGGACACGGAUGUGUUCCGCUUCAGUCUCCGUUCAAAGGCCGUUUCUUUCUCAUUUGAUGUCGGGAGAUGGGAACACUGGCGGAGAAUCCCUGUCUCACAGCUCAAAGCCCACCAGAGAAGUUCCCUAAUUCAUGGUUAAUAUGAAUAAACUGCUGAACUAUCUGUGAGGAGAGAUUUAGGGAGAGGGAUCGGCCUCUGGGAAUGGACUGGAGAGGGAUGAAACAUACAGAAAUUACCCGAUGGCAUGCUAUGACUGUCUUUGUACUAUUUGUACUUUAACUAUUUAAUAUACAUAUCUAUACUUACUGCUGUAAUCGCACUGCUGAAGGAGAAUGGCUCGGACCAAGCAAACAGCGCGUAAAUCGACCGGUGGCAAAGCUCCCCGCAAACAACUGGCGACCAAAGCGGCGCGCAAGAGCGCUCCGGCAACAGGCGGAGUGAAGAAGCCCCAUCGCUACCGGCCCGGCACCGUGGCUCUGAGGGAGAUCCGGCGCUACCAGAAAUCCACCGAGUUGCUCAUCCGCAAACUGCCCUUCCAGCGCCUGGUGCGCGAAAUCGCUCAGGACUUCAAAACCGAUCUGCGCUUCCAGAGCUCGGCCGUCAUGGCCCUGCAGGAGGCCAGCGAAGCUUACCUGGUGGGGCUCUUUGAGGACACCAACCUGUGCGCCAUCCACGCCAAGCGAGUCACCAUCAUGCCCAAAGACAUCCAGCUGGCCCGGCGUAUCCGCGGCGAGCGCGCCUAAACCCGACCUCGGCACCAAGCACAACAAAAGGCUCUUUUCAGAGCCACUAAUCCGGCAGAGAAAAGGGCUG